GAAGAGCCAGCUCCAAAAACAAGCAAAACGACAUCAAGUAGCAAUCCCAGUGAUGCUGAUCAUGUAAAAGAGGCGACUGCGGGGAUUUCAGAUGACGGUAUAAUUUUGUUGUUAUGUAUGAAUGUAAGCUCUUUCGACAAUAAGUCCAUAAAACAUCUCUAACAUCAGAAAAUAGGUUUUCAUUUGUUGCUGAUAUCCCUAGAAAUCCCAUCAUUUUUGAACUCUGGCCUCACUACAAUAAUGGAAAGACAAGUCUACCUCCCUCCUCACGUGACUACCAAACUGAAGUGUUUAAUUUUUCAAAUGAUAAUUAUAAAACAAACAACCACUAGUAUUCCAAGAUACAACAGACCAAGACGCAACUGAUUCUACACCUGAAUGUGGCUUUUUUUAUUUAAAAAUAAAGAGGCCACAAUAGCUGCGCGCAAAGCUUUUAACUGAUUGUUCCAAAGACGCACCAGUCAAUACAAAAGUAAUCGCUUCUAACCGGCAAACAUCGAAAAGUUCAGUAUUCUAGUGUUAAAUCGAUUAUUAUGAACUGAAUGCAUGAUAACUGUUUCUUCCAUGAAUGUUUCGAUAAAAAGCCCUUUAGAAUCGGUAAUCUCGUACCCCUCUUAUUGACGAAGCCAAAGGCGAGAUCUGGUCAAGUAAGAAAAUUCAAUCGAUUGGCUAGAUUGUGAGCGAAUGACGUGAGUGUUGUCUCCUGCGCCCGCUAUUGCGUAUGCAAUUCAUUCUCUGCAAAGUCUUCCGUUCCGUUCAAAUAAAUAUUUUCACUGAAGAAGUAGUUUUCCGUCUCAAUAUAACUUGUAAAACUAGUUUAAUCUUAUCUUUAAAGACUUUUAAAAACUUUCUCUCGGUAUCAAUAAAGACUUUUGAAAAGGGUAAAAAAAAAUUCUCGCGCAGAAGUUGACGCGUACUGCUUUGAGGUUUCAGCGCGCGCUAUGAUAAUUUAAUUCAAACCAUAAACUAACCAUGUUUAAACUAACUUUCGUGUUGAAUUUGAUGAUACAAAGAACAAUAACAAUAACAAUAAAUUAUGUCAUGCACAUAAAUCAUAUUUGCAGUGAGUUUUCAUUUCCCCGCGCGCAUUUAAUUUCGCCCCUUCUAACCUGUAAGUUUUUUCAGUUUCCUUAUGAAACGAUCACAGCGCCGAUAAUGCAGACCAAGACUCACUAUGCAAGGGCCAAAAGCUACCUCAGGACUUGAUGUACAUAAACUUUGUUACUAAGUAGGAUUACAAAUUUUUCUUUACAGUUCAAGGUAAGCGUGGUGAACAACCAUCCAAAGGCAAGAAAAAGUCCGUAUCUGGUGAUAAAGGUAUAAAUAUAGUAGCUAUGUAAAGGUUCAUUUAAUCUACCUUAAAGUUUUAUGUUGAUUUCAUCUUCCUUUCAACCGCUUUGAUGUCACAAGCAGACUUUUUCUUGACAAGACCCUUUUAAUAGGAUCUAUUCUGCAAAAUGAUUCUGGGUUUGCCACUUACGGGUUUACGUGAUAUAGUAAAAGGAAAAGUGAGCUCAAUCUUUUCCCAAGAAGUAAUUUACUGAAGUAAUCUAUUAUAUUACUUAAAGCUCCAGUAGCUGUCAUAUAGGUUGUCCAAACCUCACGACAUGUCUGGAAUCAAGGGGGUUAAAAUAAUGGCCAUAUCACAAAGCAGCAGUUCUAUUUAUUGAUGUGAUGAUAAGUUAGGAAUAUGAAAUGCAUCUUUUUGUAACUCUGAUGCGUUAUUCUUAUACAUACAUAAAAUAAAUAUGUGCUAUCAUUAUAUUACAGCUUUAAUAAGAGAUGGUUCGCCUGAACAAGACCACUUAGAACGCUUGUCAAAAAAGCUAGGGACCAAGUGGGAAACUGUUGCUCGGCGCCUCAAGUUCGAGGCUGAAGAAAUUACUGCAUUUGACGAAGAGAAUAGAAGAUUACCAGACAAAGCCUUUAAAAUGCUCUGUGCGUGGAAAAGUAGGGAUGGUAGAGAAGCAACUUACGAAGUCCUGUAUAAAGCCUUGUCUGAUAAACUUGUGCAGCGUAAGGAUUUAGCAGAGACGUUUUGCCUACGUAGCAGUGAGUAG